UUGGCCGUUCUCAAGUAUUACAAGGUUGACGAAAAUAAUAAAAUUACUCGGCUUCGCAGGGAAUGCCCAAACCAAUCAUGUGGUGCUGGUAUUUUCAUGGCGUGGCAUUAUGAUCGUCAAUAUUGUGGAAAGUGCGGGCUAACGUACGUUUUCAAGAAAGAAGAUGCAGAGGCUUGA